CGGAGGAGGUGGAGGAGGGGGAGGAGGUGGGCGCUCCCCUGCCCCUACCACCUCCCCCUCCCCCCCGCUGAGUGACGAGGCGCUGCUGUCGCUGUUGGACGAUGUGAGCCUGCCGGACCUGGUGCAGAGGGUUGGCGGUCUGGAUGUGGAGCUGGACUGGUCGGCUGUGUUGUCGGUGGGUGAGCAGCAGCGGGUGGCGGUGCUGCGGCUGCUGGCGGCACAGCCGGCGCUGGCGUUCCUGGACGAGGCCACCUCGGCGCUGGACGGCCCCACGGAGGCACGGCUGUAUGGACUCAUCCGCAAGCGCAUCGGCUGCUACGUGUCGGUGGGCCACCGGCCGCAGCUGCUGCAGCACCACACCCACGUGCUGGAGUGCCUGGGGGGCGGACGGUGGGGGCUGACCAGCGCGGGGGAGUAUCAGCGCAGGCAGGCGGCGGGAGGGGGAGGAGCGGGAGGUGGAGCGGGAGGGGGGGCGGGAGGGGGAAGGGGAGGAGGAGGACUGCGCAUGUGAGUGGGGUCCGCUGAUCCACUGACCCACCAACUGGAUGACACGGGUCGCUACAUGCUAGCUGGCUAUUGCAACUGACCUGUCUGCGGGCGUAUAGCAAGACUGCAGUAAGGGAGUCCUAAAGGGAGGGGUAACCUCACGACAUCGCGCCAGUUGGAGGGGAGUGACCCACGGGUCACCCGUUGCCUCGAGCGCCUCUCACACGUAUUGGCCUCGCCGACGUACGUAACUCAUUGAGCCUGAUUCGCAUGCUUGAUCUGCGUGUGUGUUUAAGGAACAGCCGUCGUCACUUGAUUGGUCAUGGUUUAUUAUGCGAUGUGUUACUCACCGCUCAUCCAUGUAUGUUGGUGUAGAGGUGGGAAGGCUUGUCCGUGUUACGUUCUUAUGCUGUUUGUGAGUAGUACUAGAAAUGCAUCGUCCUGCCUGUUAUAUCUAGGAGGUUUAACUGUUGCCUCGAAACUCGACCUGCGUGCUGCGUUGUGCUGUACAGCUGCGUUUCGUUGUGCUGUGUUCCGCUGUGCUCUGCGUGCUGCGUUGCUACCGUAUCCCACCCCGUCCCUGCUGGCUGGCUGUAUCCGGGCUGGCUGGCAGGGUUAAGGCUGGGCAGAUGGGCGGUGGGGGGGGCGCGUGCCCUGACGUGCCUUGCGUUCGACUGGGGCCCUCUGAGGCGGUGUGAAGUAGUUUAAUUGCAUGUGCAUGAUAAGGAGCAUUGUGCUUUUGGCUUUGCGUUUGUAGUCGUCGUGUAGGAGGGCUGAUGUCUUACAGACGGAGUACGUCUGACGCACGCUAUCUAGCUGAAUUCCUAAUCUGGAUACAGGGUUUAGUUUCCGCGGGCAAUUGUGAUGGACAGUAGUGGGUGCCUGGGUGGUAUAUGCGGGCGUAGUAGCCAGCACGCCCCAGUGGGAGGACGUUUGCUUGUGGGUGUACGUUGUAGCAGUUUUAAGUAUGUGGUAUUUGGAGCUGUUGGGAGGCGGAUUUGCUUGCUGCAUGUUUUGCCGUGAAACUAGCAGGUGGGGUCAUCUAGCAUGUAGGGGCGCAUAUGCAUUGGUAUGUGGCCCUCACUUGGCCCUUACCGCUGCUGCUGUUGUAACCGUUGUUGGGAG